CACCCACUCUCUCUUAAUAUCUCACACACUCACGUGUCCAACAUCCCUAUCACCUCUCUCCCUAUAAACUCCCUCUUAACUGCAAUACCAUUGCUGUAAACGUAACUGAAUUGAUCGAUGGCAGCAUUGAUACCGGCCGUGACACUGGUGACGGUGACAACGUUGGCGUGCCUGGUGUGUGGGGCUUCGCACUGGACAUUGGUCGUGUCGAAGACGGAGAUCACGGACGUGAAGAGGAACAAGGAGGUGCAGGACUUGGGGUAUUUCUCCGUGGAGGAGCACAACCGGAGGCUGAGACAGGCUCUGAAGGGAAUGGCGGAGGAGACGAAGUUCGUGGAAGUGGUAGAGGCGAAGAAGCAGCUGGCCGCCGGCACCAAGUACUAUCUCAAGAUUUCGGCCACGCAGAGUGGGCGUUCCGUAAUGUUCGACACCGUUGUGGUCGUCCAGCCUGGCCUUGCUUCCAAAGAUCUUCUCUCCUUUGCUCCUUCCUCGCAAAAAAUAUCUUACCCUACUCUCCAUUCAUGGUAUGUUUAA